AUGUUAGGCUGGGUUAGCGUUGCUGGUAUAAUCAGUCACCCAAAGCUGGAACCCACCGACUGCAUUUUUGAAUCCUCCAACCACUCGAUCCCUGAUAGUGAAGCCAUCAUAACCGCUAAAUAUGAUUCCGGAUAUGAAUCUCAGUUUUCAAGCUGUCUAACGCCUCCAUACUCGGGGGAUAAAACUACAGAGAGGGACCCGCAAGCCAUCUACCUUCUCGCAUGGACUCCAGGAGGCAUUGGACUGGCGACACGGACGCCGGCUCUGAUACCAGGAGCAAUUAUGAGGCGUGGUCACAGGAUGUUCAUGAUGCGCGAAUUUGCUGGCAUUCAAGGAUAG